AUGCUACCAGUAGACAAAAGACUUCUAAACUUACAGAUCUACAAACUUCUUCAGUGUGUUCACGAGAAAGACAAGAAGCAAAUAGAAAAUCUGAUCCAGAAAGGAUUCCCAGAUCUCAUUAACUACACGGAGCCCAAGGAAGGAUAUAGUGCCUUUCACGUGGCCUCCAUGAAAAAUGACAUUGAAAUGUGCCGCUUCCUGCUGGAACACGGAGCUCGCCCAAAUGUCCACGACAACAUGGGAUGCACUCCAGCCAUGAAGGCAGCCGAGCUAGGCUAUGAGGUGAUUUUGGAAUUAUUAGCAAAGGCUAACGCAGACAUGACUGCUGUGGAUAAUGAAGGGAAAGGUAUCUUGUUUUACUGCCUUUCACCUACAGGACGCCACUCCCACUGCCUGCAAAUUGCCUUCGAAUAUGGUGCAGAUGUCAACAACUGUACCACUACUGGGAGGUCAGUGCUUCUACAAGCCUGUGAGCAAGCGCAUGAGGUUAAAGAAAUAUGCCUGAUUUUCUUGGAGAAAGGAGCAGAUCCCCAUGCAAAAGACCCGGCCACGGGCCGCACGGCCGUGAUGGAGGCGGCGCGGGAAGGGGCUGCCGAGGUGCUGCUGGGGCUGCUGCGCAGGGGAGCCGACGUCAACCUCUUCGACUUCGAAAGACACAGCGCUGCGCAUUUCGCGGCCAAAGGAGGCUUUUUUGAGAUUCUGACGAUUAUUUCAGGUUAUGGUGCAGACUUGAAACUGAUUGCUAUGAAUGGUAACACACCACUUCAUUAUGCUGCAGAGGGAGGAUUUACGGAUUGCUGCAGGUAUAUAGGACAAAGAGGCUGUGAUCCUACGUGGUCAAACUUGGCAAAUCUGACCCCAAGGGAUGUUGCCAAGCUGGGUGGGUUUAAAGCAGCAGCAGCAGUAUUGCGCAAAGCUGAAAAAGCCCUAAAAAAGCCAGAUGAGAUCCUUGCCUGGUACCUGAAGGUGUACGACUGGUCCUUGCAGCACGAGGAUGCCAUCCGCAAGGAGUUUGAGACUGACGAAGAAGGAGAUGGGAUGGUAUCCAGAAGUGAUUUUAUGUCAGUCAUUCGGAAGCGCUGGGGCACCGUGGAUGAGGAACAAAUAGAAAUUCUUGCUAAAAAGCAUGAAGUAUCUACUGACAGGAUCAGCCUUGAUGAUUUUUUUAAAGGCUCAAAAUACCUGCAGAAACCCUUUCUGCUAUCAUCCUUUGGGCCCAAAGCAAAGAAGAAGAAGAAACCGCAGAGAAAGAAAGGCAAGAAAGGCCUCCCUGUGCCAAUUUGUGUAAUCCCAAAGAGUGAACGCCCGCUGAGGGAAGAUGGCUUCCCUACCUACAUGGUUGAGGCUGUCCCAAACAUUCCUGAAGAGCAGCGUUUCAAACGGGCCCUCCAGUCCGUCCAUCCCGUGUUCGAUGACCGUGCCUGGUACGCAGAGGAGCCGAGGAAAUCCCUCAUGGAUAUCAACUACCUGGUCAGAGAAGGAGACUUUGUGUCUCUGCAGAAAGCCUUCCACCAGGGCGUGCCAGUGGACAUAAAAGAUAAAUAUUACAAAACACCUUUGAUGGUUGCAUGUGCAAGUGGCAACAUAGUUCUGGUGGAGUUUCUUCUGGAAAAGGGGGCUGAUGUAAAUGCAACAGACAACUUCCUGUGGACUCCUCUGCAUCAUGCCUGCUAUAAUGGACACCUGGAUAUCGCUGAGGUGCUGGUGAAGGCUGGAGCAGCCGUCAAUGCCCCUGCAAUAGGUGAUGCCACCCCGCUGAUGAGAGCCAUCGAGGCCUGCAGGCUGGACAUGGUCUAUUUCUUAAUCACUGCAGGUGCUGAUGUCCAAGCUAUAAACAGCAAUGGAAAGAGUGCUCUUGAUCUUGCUCAAGUAUUUGAAGAUGAUACAAUAAUUGAACUGCUCGAAAAUCAACUGCAGAUUUUGGCAGAAAAAAAAGAAAAAGAAGAAGCAAAGCCAGCAAAAGGUGGGAAGGCAAAACCAGCAGAGCCACCGAAACCUGUGAAGAAGGAGUCUCCAGAUGUGUCUCCACCACCUGAGGAAGAACCUGUUCCUGAAAGAACAAAGCGUUCCCGUAAGGACAGUUCUGCUUAUUGGAAAUCUUUGGCAGCGAGAGAAGACAAAAAUGACAUCUCCUUCAGACCCAGAAAAAUAUGGAGCCCUGAUGCCACAGCAAUGCAGCUUGCAGAAAAGCGAGAAUCGCUCCGAGAACGUGCUGCUCUUUGUGGUCACAUGAAAGAUUUUACAACCCUCUUCAACAGAAAAUUAAAGGAAUAA